CGAACAUCACAAAACAUUGAAGCGCGUUGCCGAGCAGUCAAGCCCUGAGUGCAGGCCACAUAGAAACCCACACAAGCAGCCGCAGCCGAAGCCGCAGCCACAACAGCCACAGAGUCAGAGUCAGAGUCGGAAUCAGAAUCAGAAUCAGAGCUAACCAACGCUGUCAGCGUCAGCCCGGACAGGAAACUUUAACGCCAACUCCAAGCAGAUAAACCAAAACUAAUAAAAUACAAAAAUGUCCAUCUCCGAUUUCCGCAAGAAGAAGCUGCUGUUCCUGUUCAACGUGUUCUUCGAUGUGAACCAAAGCGGCGAAAUUGAUGUUAAGGACUUCGAGAUGGCCAUUGAGCGCGUUUGCAAACUGCGCGGUUGGGCAAAGGACACGCCAAAGAACAAGGAGACUUACGAUGUCAUGAUGGAAAUUUGGACUGGUCUGCGAUCGAAGGCUGACAAGGAUAACGAUGGCCAGGUCAGCGUGGACGAGUGGUGCAACAUGUGGGACGCAUACGCCAAGGAUCCCAGCAGCGUGAUGGACUGGCAGAACGCAUACAUGAACUUCAUGUUCGACUUGGAGGACGCUUCGCAUGACGGCGGCAUCGAUGUGACGGAGUUCACGCUGGUCUGCUCCAGCUACGGCCUGGACAAGAAGGAGUGCGAGGAGGCAUUCGCCAAGAUGGCCCAGGGCCAGACCGACGUGACCCGCGAGCAGUUCGCUGCCUUGUGGAAGGAGUACUUUGCCGCCGAGGACGUCAACGCGCCCGGCAACUUUAUCUUUGGCAAGACCUCGUUCUAACUGCUGUUCGAAAAUGCCUGACCGAUUAUGUCUUUAUCACUGAUGCCGCGACCGACUAGUGGAUUAUCCAAAUUACAACAGUUAUUCUAUAAUUUAAAGCUUAAUCAACAGGCAGCUGCAAAUACCAUUUCGAUUUCGACUAUUUGUAGCCAAGUUAGCAGUUAGCAGCCCUUCAAGCUCUGACGUUCUUUAUUAAAUGUUGUUGUCAACUGUAAACUCAGAUUUUGCCCAAUUCAAAGUUCUAAAUCCGUAGCUUAAUUAGUUAAAUGAUAAACGUCUAACUAUUUAUAUUUUAUAUUCUACUAAUACAAAUAUAUAUAUAGUAUACGAUUAUAUAUAUAAACAUUUAUAUAUAUGUCUAUAUAUAUAUAACUAAAUGAUAUCUCAAAGCUCAAUUAGAACAGAAUUCGUGUUAUCUGUAAACUGAAUACCAAUUAAACUGUCAAAUUGUUUUUGUUUGUGUGUGUAGUCGUAGUUUAUCGUCCCAAUCUCUGGCGUUUAAAUAUAAAUGUAAAUGUAAAGUGUUCCAACCAAUUACAAACAAUAAAAGCUAAACAUCUAUAACA